AACUGAGCAUGUGAAAUCAUCCUCUUUCUUGCAUCAUGCAUGUCCACACUGCCCCCCACCCCCAUACCCCUACUCAAGCUCAGUCACCAGGCGGGAUGGUGAAACCCGAGCUCUGGGGAGGGGAGACCUCCACCCCUGCAGGGGCCUGAUGGGCAGCCCAGCUGGCCAAUCCCCGGGCUCAGAGGCCAGAUCUGCAGGCUGACCACUAGGUAAGGGAGCCCCAGGCAGCUGGUCUAAAGAGGCCCUGGCUCAGUUGCCAGACACAAACUGUGAGGGUUGACCAUAGCUCCCCAUCAGGCCGCCCACUUCCAGCUUUUCUCAGUCCCAGGCAAUAGAAGACAGGUGGCCCUGCCCUUGGCCAAGGAUAGGUGUGGCCCUUGUGCCUGCUGCCACACGACAUCAGACUCAACAGACAGAACAACAUCCACCCAAGGCUCCUGACCUGGGGCCACCCACCAGGAGCAUGGGGCUCCCGGAUGUCCAGCUCUGCCUGGUUCUGCUGUGGACACUGGGGUGGGCACGAAGGGCAGGAUCGGAGUGCCCCGCCUGUGGGGGCCCAACCCUGGCACCCCAGGCAGAACGAGCUGUGGUCCUGGAGCUGGCCAAGCAGCAAAUUCUGGAGGGGCUGCACCUGACCAGCCGGCCAAGAAUAACACAUCCUCCACCCCCGGCAGCGCUGACCACAGCCCUCCGAAGGCUCCAGCCUGGGAGCGUGGCUCCAGGGAACGGGGAAGAAAUUGUCAGCUUUGCUACUGUCACAGACUCCUCCCCUGCAGCAUGCAGCUCCAUGCUCACCUUCCACCUGCCCACGCCUCGGUCCCACCACCUGUACCGUGCCCGCCUCUGGCUGCACGUGUUCCCCACCUCUCCUGGCACUCUUAACUUGAAGAUUUUCCGAUGGAGCCCAAGGAGGAGGCACCGAGGAUCCCGCACCCUCCUGGGUGAGCACCAAUUGAGUCUCCCGGGCUGGCAAGCCCUGACUCUGCCCCCUAGUGGCUUGAGGGGUGAAAGAUCUGGCGUCCUGAAACUCCAGCUGGACUGCAGACCCUUGAAAGGCAACAGAACAGCCGCUGGACCACCGAGGCAGCGGCUCCUGGACAUGGCGGGACACCAGCGGCCCUUCCUGGAGCUUAAGAUGCGGGCCAAUGAGCCUGGAGCAGGCCGAGCCAGGAGGAGGACUCCCACCUGUGAGCCUGAGACUCCCUUAUGUUGUAGACGAGACCACUAUGUGGACUUCCAGGAACUGGGAUGGCGGGACUGGAUCCUGCAGCCUGAGGGGUACCACCUGAAUUACUGCAGUGGGCAGUGCCCACUCCACCUGGCUGGCAGCCCGGGCAUUGCUGCUUCCUUCCAUUCGGCCGUCUUCAGUCUUCUCAAGGCCAAUAAUCCUUGGCCUGCAGGUACUUCCUGCUGUGUCCCCACUGCCCGAAGGUCCCUUUCUCUGCUCUACCUCGACCAUAAGAGCAAUGUGGUCAAGACAGAUGUGCCAGAUAUGGUGGUGGAGGCUUGUGGCUGCAGCUAGCGAGAAGACCUGGGCAAUGGCAGGAAGACAUCAAGUCGGGGGCUCCCAGGCGAAGCCACCUGCGGUCCAUCAGUGAAGUCAUAAGAUUCCUGAUCCUCUCCGCCUCCCAACAGGCCGCCUGUGUCGCCCCAAGGAACCCAGAUGGGCACUUUCUCGUUCCAGCCUCAGGCCAGGCUGGUGGGUGUGUGGGGAGAAGGGGAAAGGGUCGUGCAGCAGGAUUUCCUAUCCUAAGCCCUGGGAGGAGGGGGCAGGGGCUAGGAAGGGGUGGGGUGGGGGGAAGGAGAAGGCAGAGAAAAACUGCUUGACUCUGCCCAAAAGGGUUAGUCCUCUGAUGGGAGAGGGCGGAAGCAGAGGGCGCAGGGGACGAGGGGCAGGGCAGACAGGCUGGCCAAGGGAAGGGACGCAGAAAUGCUCCGGGCAGGGGGUGCAGGAGCCGCCCUGAAAUGGGCGAAGUCUGAGAAGCUAUCUGGUUUUGCCCUGGAGCACAGGUCUCUCCCCAGAGACAGACAUUUCUACUUUCUUAAUAAAAAUGAGAAAGCAA